CGUGUACGUGUGUAGUUACAGUCAUGUCUUUGUCUAUCGUUGUCACACUCAUCUCAGUGUACUGCACUGCACCCUAUUACAUCAACCCUCCUCGUAGAUCUACCUGCGCUGCCGAGCAACCAUGCAUAUCAAGGCGCAGCGUCAGGCGAACUCGGAGUCUCGGACACGAUCGUACGACGGUACCAGUACCCGUAAUACUCUGAAUAUUCACAGAAUAGCCUUUGAAUAGCGGCCUAGUCCACGGCUGCAUCCCCGGUAUAACGUCGUUAGUAUUACUGCACAGACCAUACCAGUACCAGUGCUCGCACCGAGUCAGUGCCUACACUAAAAAUCUUCGUAUUCUACCUUCUGAAGUUCACUGCUACUGCAGUUGGCGAGGACAAGUCUCUUGGUACAUGCCCUAGUCAAGCUCCUACCCUCAUGUGGCGUGCGCACGCAGCAUUGCCGCAGUGGACUGGAUGCUGUCGGGCAACUUCGGCCUGCAGAGCAUUGUCAGUUUCAGCUAGAAGGAGAAUGGAUCACGUACCUCAGAGUCUAGUGCGGGGCAACAGAAGCAGCGGUACCGGUGCAGAGAACCUGGCACUGAAUGAGAGAGUGCAGGCACUAAUUGCAUCCGGCCAUGACAUCAUAAAUCUAGCCUUUGGCCAGGCUCCGUUUCCGCCCAUGGACUUGGCGGUGAAGGCACUGCAGGAGAAUGCUCACGUGACGCAGUAUGAACCAGUGCGAGGCAUUCGUCCACUUCGAGAGGCUAUAGUCAAGUAUCAUGCUGCUCAGGAUGAACUGGAGUUUGACCCAGAUAACAUGAUCGUGGGACCGGGCUCCAAGGAAUUGAUCUUCCUGCUCAUGGCCGUCUUCGAUGGUGACAUUAUUUUGCCUUCCCCAGCCUGGGUGACUUACAAGCCACAGGCUGUACUGGCUGGUCAUGAACCAGUUGUAAUGGAACUAAGCGUAGGAGAUGAAUGGCGUGUCACUCCGGAGAUUCUGGCCCAGACUGUGUUGAAUAAGUGCAGUAGCAAGAACAAGCUGUUGAUCUUUUGCAAUCCCGACAAUCCCACCGGUGCAGGCUACUCAAGGGAUCAUCUACAGUCACUGGUGCCGGUACUGCGAGAACACAACAUCAUUGUCCUGUCGGAUGAGAUCUAUGGUCACUUGACGUACAGCAGGGAUCAUGUAUCUCUAGCUAAGUUCUGUCCCGAACGUACAAUACUCAGCUCAGGAUUAUCAAAGUGGGCUAGUGCUGGUGGCUGGCGGCUGGGCUACAGUGCGUAUCCAAGUCAGCUGUCUGCAUUGUGCUUGGCCGUUGCCAGCGCAGCCAGCCACACAUACACAUCUGCCAGUGCACCCAUACAGCAUGCAGCUGUGCAGAUAUAUCGCAACAUCCCUGCAUCACAAGAGUACAGCCGUCAUUGCACCCGCAUACUUGCUGCUGUUGCAAAGUAUUCUAGAAGUGAGCUGACCAAGUGUGGCCUGAAGUGCAUAGCUCCUGUCGGCGGAUUCUACCUCUUUGUAGAUUUUGAGAUCUUGCGGCCGCAUAUGGCCCGAAUGGGUAUGAAGACGGCCGAUGAUUUGUUUGCACGAAUACUGGAUGACGUUCAGGUUGCGCUGUUGUCUGGAUCUCCUGGUCUUCUUAGGCCGGAGCAGGAGCUCUCGGCGCGUCUGUCCUUCACAGACUUCAAUGGUGCUGACGCUCUUGGUGCCAGUCAGACCGAUGGUCUCCCUCUGGACAAUGCCCUAACACCCGAGUUUGUUGAGAAGUACUGUUGCCGAGUGGUCGGCGGAAUUCAGAGAUUGGUGAGCUGGGUAUCUGAAAACACAAAGUAAACUACCGCCCAUAGCACCGCUGGCUCAGCUGCAGUAUGCACUGCUGUGCUACACCAACAGCCUGCCGGGAAAUUGCACCAUUGCAGCCACUUGGUGACUAUGUGGUAAAGGUAUCUCCUCGUCAGCUUUUCCAUUGCAUCCGCCAGCACCAUCAGUCUUUGGUCCAACUCUACCAUGUCUGGUUAUGCCUCUUCUCUCUAGAUUUAGACCACCAAUAGACAAAGUCGUGUACUCGUAGUGUCGGUAAAGAAUGUUCUCCCCAUUGUCAAAGACCAAUAACUAUUAUUUGAAACUCGGGCCCAAAUUUAGAAGCAACGGUUGCCGCCUUUAGAAUACUAGAAUACUGUCUGGCUCCCUACAAAUACAGACAGGCAAACGUUGAAUCCAUCCAAUGCUCUCUUUUCCAUUAUUUUAUUGCCAUGGUGGCAUGUUGUGAUAUUUAAUAUAUUUUUGCUUAUAUUCCUGCGGAGGAAAUCUACUUUAAUACUUCAGGUACAUGUGUAUCAUCAUCUCUACUUGUCUUCAAGCUGGUACUGCAAGCAGAGCAGGCCUUUCUACACAUUCAUGCAGGGUGUACGAGUACCA